AUGGAAGAGGCAGGGGUUUUGGAUGUCGGCUUUUCAGGAGCUAGUUUCACAUGGUCUAAUAAUCGGAGAGGUAGAGCUCGGGUUUCAAAGAGAUUGGAUAGAUUCUUAAUUAAUGGGUCUUGUUUGGAUUUCUCAGACGUGAUUUCUGUACUCCAUCUCCCAAGACAUCCCUCGGAUCAUGCACCAUUGAAAAUUACUUUUUCUGAUCGAUCAGACAAUAGUCCACGACCUUUCAGAUUUUUGAAUGUCUGGACGACCAAACCACAACUAUUGGAUGUGAUUCGACAGGCUUGGAAUCAAGAUGUGAGUGGAUCUCCGCUACGUGUUUUGUGCUCUAAAUUAUUGGCAACGAGGAGGGCUAUUCAUACAUGGAACAAGCAACAUUUUGGGAAUAUAUUUGAUGCUGUACGUUCGGCGGAAGAGGUGGUCAAACAAGCAGAAGAAUCGAUGGAUCAAUAUGCAUCGGAGGAAUUUCAGGUUGAGCUCAGUAAGGCUCAGGCAGAGUUGCGGAAUGCAUUGUCAAUAGAAGAGCAAUUUUGGAGCCAAAAAGCCAGGGCAAAAUGGCUUAAACAGGGAGAUCGCAAUUCAAAAUAUUUCCAUGCGGUCGUAAGACAGAGACGGAUUAAAGGAAUGAUACACCGUAUAAAAAAGUCAAACGGAGUUUGGGUGGACACCAAUGCUGAUAUAGCAACUGAGGCCAUAUCAUAUUUCUCUGAUCUCUUCACUGGCUAUCUUGAGUCAUCUUCUGCUAUGCGACAUAUGAUCCCGCACAUGAUAUCGGAAGAGGAAAAUAGAAAAUUGGAAGAAAUGCCUUCGAUUGAAGAGAUUCAUCGAGUUCUAAAGUCAAUGGAUGGGGAUAGUGCUGCUGGCCCCGAUGGCUUCACAGGCAAAUUUUUUACAUUCGCCUGGGACAUUAUUGCCCAAGAUGUCUACAAGGCAAUUCUCAGCUUUUUCUGUGGGGCAGAGUUGCCUCGAUUUAUCACUUCUACCUCAAUUGUAUUAAUUCCAAAAAACCCAAAUCCUCAGGAAUUUUCUCAUUACAGGCCAAUCAGUCUGUGUAACUUCUUCAACAAGUUGUUAUCCAGGAUCUUAGCUGAUAGAGUGGCUUCUCUUUUGCCCAAAAUUAUUUCGCCCCAGCAGACAGGCUUUGUAAAGGGCCGUAAUAUAACAGAAAAUUUUUUGCUAGCACAGGAGGUAGUGUCGGGUAUUGGGAAAAAGACUAGAGGUGGUAAUGUGGUAAUGAAGUUGGACAUGUCUAAGGCAUAUGACCGAGUGGCAUGGGAUCAUAUCAUUGGUGUUCUCAGGAGAUUUGGCUUUGGAGAAAGAUUCAUUGAUUUGGUUUGGCGAUUGAUCUCCAAUGUUUGGUUUUCCAUCAUUAUAAAUGGGGCAUCACAUGGUUUCUUCAAAUCUACACGAGGCCUACGUCAGGGUGAUCCAUUAUCGCCUGCCUUAUUCAUCAUAGGAGCUGAGGUGUUAUCUAGAGGAUUGAAUAAUCUUGCUAUGCAACCGGGGUUUGUGGGUUUCAAAGUCCCCUUUGCAUGUCCUACUAUAACUCAUUUGGCUUUUGCGGAUGAUAUUCUAAUUUUUUCAAAUGGAUCCUCUUAUUCUCUAAAGCUUAUCAUGCGGGUGCUAGAUGCGUAUCAAAGGUGUUCUGAACAAUUGAUAAAUGUGCUGAAAAGUUGUUACUUAGUACAUCCUUCGAUAUCACUGGCACGAAGAAGGGUGAUUGAACGUAUCACCAAAUUCAAUUAUCACCCAUUUCCGAUACGUUAUUUGGGAUUCCCCCUCUACUUUGGCAGAUGUAAAUCAUCAUAUUUUGGGGAAGUUUGCCAAUCUAUCCUAGGGAGAAUAAGGUCAUGGAAAUCAAGGAUGCUUUCUCUUGGAGGCAAAAUAGUUCUAAUCAAACAUGUGUUAGCAACGAUGCCAGUACAUCUGUUGUCAGCAGCGGUUAUCCCAGGUAAGGUAUUUAGAACUAUAGAAAAAGCCUUCUCGACCUUCCUAUGGGGGUCAUCCUCCGAGGAGUCUAAAUUUCACUGGAUACGGUGGUCUCAAAUGUGCUAUCCGGUAGAUGAGGGAGGAGUUGGUUUUCGCAGGUUACAGGACAUCUACACAGCAUUCUCAUUCAAGCUUUGGUGGAACUUCAGAAAGGGAUGCUCGUUGUGGGCUUCGUUCAUGAAAGCUAAGUAUUGUAGACUACUACAUCCUUGUCAGGUAGAAAUCAGGUCAAUGGAUUCCGCAAUCUGGAGAAGGAUGGUCAAUGUAAGUCGACAAGUGGAACUAUCUAUGCUAUGGGAUAUCAAAAACGGAGCUUGUCAUUUUUGGUACGACAAUUGGUUGGGAGGGGGUGCCUUGUUUCUCCGUAUGACGGUGGUCUCUAAUUUGUCGUUUGGUGAUUUUAUCAUCAAUGGACACUGGGAUGUGAUUAGAUUAUAUCAAACAUUGCCUACAGAUUUGGUUCCCUCUAUUUUAGAGCAUCCAGUCCCGGAAGACUGGGGUGAAGCUGAAGUCAUUUGGAUGUCCACAACAUCUGGAAACUUCUCUCUAGUUUCGGCAUUUCAGGAUAUUAGGCAAGCACGAAACAAGUCUAUGGUUUUUGAUAGCAUUUGGCAUCCUCAGAUCCCACUCAAAAUUUCAUUCUUCAUGUUAAGAUUGUUGCUGGAGAGGCUACCUUUACCGGAUAGGUUAUGUAAACUUGGUUUACAUUUACCAUCAAAGUGUUUCUGCUGCGAUUCCGCUUCGGAGGAGUCAAUUGAACAUUUAUUUUCCAAAGGCCAUAUAGCUUCAACAGUUUGGAAUUAUUUUGGAGCUUUAUGUGGAUUGACUUUUCCUGGUUCUUCUUUACGCUCCCGUAUAGUGGGUUGGUGGUUGCACUCAUAUGAUUCAGAGAUACAGCGAUUCAUUGGACGAAUUCUUCCGAAUAUAGUAUGUUGGCAAAUUUGGAAAGCAAGAAAUAAAGCAUUAUUUGAGGAUGUCCAUAUGAGAUCGCGCGCCAUUUGUCUUGCCAUUACCUUGGAAAUCCAUAUCAUUGUGGAAAUUUAUUUCAAACAGGUUUUCAAGGCUCAUUCAUUCUAUCAUUUGUACGAUUGGCCAUAUUCAUCUCACAUUUAUCUCACGUACAAACUUGUUUAUUGGGAACCAAAGGAAACUGGUCGUUUUACACUCAAUACAGAUGGCUGUUCUAAGGGUAAUCCAGGUUUGGGUGGAGGAGGUGGGGUUCUUCGGGAUUCACAUGGGAUUCCUUUGAUUGGUUUUUCGGCAUAUCUUGGAGAAACUACAUGUCUAAGUGCAGAGGCCCGGGCUCUCCUUAUUGGCAUUCAAACAUCCAUACAUAGGGGUUUUGAAAAUCUCUAUAUUCAAUCGGAUUCUUUGGUAUUAAUUGGAAUUCUUCAGAAACGUAUACACUGCCCUUGGAAGAUUCGACGAGAGAUUAGGCAGAUUUGGCAGUUCGUGGAAGAUCCUGAUCUUUUUUCACAUUGCUAUAGGGAAGCUAACACAGUCGCUGAUGCAUUGUCCAAUGUGGGCGUCUCUCAUCCAGAGCAUCAACUCAAGUUAUACGAUUCCUUCCAUACGUUCCCAACUAUGGCUCGUGGAGCAAUUCGCCUGGACAGAUUAGGGAUGCCUUCAAUUCGGAAAAUUAAGCGUAUGAAGGGCUGA